UAACCAAACGCCAAAAAAUAAGUAAGAAAACUACUUAUUUUUUAUGAAAAUAUUUUCUAUAAUUUUUUUUUUCGAGGAAAACAUUUUCCUUCCUACCACACCUUUGUGUCUUAAAUAUUCUAUGCGGUUUCAGUUUAGACUUGGUCAAUAGUAACUUGCUUGCACACACAACAACCAAAUACGUAACGUCAUGCAUGGAAUGGAAUGAUGAUGCAGUUAGAGGUCAGAAGUAAACUUGGUCUGUUGAGUUUUGGAGAUGAUUAUGUAGAGUUCAAUGUCGUUGGCUAACUGUAAUUGAUUGGGAAGUUUCCUAUGAUUGAAGUGAACGUAUUACUGCUUAUAUGUGUUACAAUUCCUAAAUUUUAGAGGAGGUACGUGUAAUUCUUGACUAUUCAACUUUCGAGCUUGUGGGUCAAAUUUUCAAUUCCUCUACUUCUGUCAAUUCAACAGUCAAUGUCUUCUGUUUCCCGAUUGCAAGCCAGAUUUAACAAACCACCAAAUUCAAGAGCUGAUAUUGUUCUUCUCUGAAUCUCCUCUGCCCUAUUUGUUAGUCACAGUAUUUGGAGCCAAUAAAACGCAAAAAGAAAAAGAAAAGAGCACCGUCUUUGGUCUAUGAUCCUCUCUUUGAAUGGCGUCUAUAUAUCAGUGUAUUUGAUUGCUAUUUUCCCAACCAACAAGAGUUGAAGGAAAUCCCUCUCUGUUUUGCCCUUUUUAUCAUUAGCUCUCUAUAAUUGCUACCUUUUUCCAUCCCUAAUUCUAAGAAAUAACAGAGGAGAAAAAACACAUACCUAAGUUUUUUCCAUAUCACUACUACUUAUCCAUCAUGCGACUUCCAUCAGCCACCGCCUCUUCCUCAUUCAUGGCGGCACCACCCUCCUCAUCCGAUCUCAUGCGCGUCAAUCGCAUCGGAAGCGGCUUCGGUAGUUCGGUGUACAAGGUCCAUCACAGGCCCACCGGUGAACUUUACGCGCUCAAGGUGAUCUCCUGUAUCCACGAGGACUCCAUUCGCCCCAAGAUGUGCCGGGAGAUCGAAAUUCUCCUGGAUGUAAAUAACCCUAACGUCGUGAAAUGUCACGACGUGCUUGAUCACAAUGGGGAAAUCCAAAUCCUUCUCGAGUACAUGGAUAACGGCUCUCUGGAAGGGAUUCACAUCCCUUACGAGCCCGUCCUUUCUGAUUUUACCGGCCAGGUUCUUUCCGGACUCUUCUACCUUCACAGCCGCAAUAUUGUGCACAGAGAUAUCAAACCCUCCAACAUGUUAAUGAACUCUAUGCGCGAAGUGAAGAUCGCGGACUUCGGAAUCUCGAGAUUUUUGGAGCAAACCAUGGAUUUGUCUGUGGGAAGUAUCAGUUACAUGAGUCCCGAGAGAAUCAACACGGACCUGAAUACAGGCCAGCAGAAUAUAUAUCGAUAUGCUGAGGAUAUAUGGGGUUUGGGAUUAAGUAUCCUGGAACUUUACUUGGGAAAGUUUCCAUUUUCUGGUGGGAAUUGGUGGAGUGUUAUGACGGCCAUUUGUACGUCGCAGCCGCCACAGGCGCCGUCUACUGCUUCUCCGGAGUUCCGGGACUUCAUAGCUUGCUGUUUGCAAAGGGAUCCUUCUAGAAGGUGGACGGCGGAGCAGUUGCUGCGCCAUCCUUAUAUAACACAGUAUGAACUGAAAGUAGAAACUGAGGAUUGCCCCAGCUUAUACGUUCAUGAAAUCUUAUAGCGCUUUGUUAAUUUUUUCCAACGGAUGGCAUCGUCUCUUGGAUUUGUUUUAUUUUUGGUAAUGGCUUUGCUCCAUUAGGUGAUGAUUGUAAAAGGAUUAAUUGCAUGUGUAAUAAAAGUUUCUCUAACCUUGUGAUUAAUGAAGAGAAGAGUUUUGAGUAGAUUUAGUUGCACAUUCAGAAGAUAAAAUAGUUAGUUGUGGGCAGUUUCUAGUA